UCGAAUUUGUGAUCUUCAUUGCGACAACCACAUCUGCUGCAAGGUACGGUGCGAGGACACGAGUGACGGCGCAGGAAUUGCACAUGUGAUCCUUUCUGGACAAGGAAUGGCGUCGAAUGGUCAGCCAGCCAUUCCCAGCCUUGCGCCGAGCAAAAAACAAGACCGCAAAUUGUGGACGAGCGCGAUGAGCCGUUGAACGCCUGCAAAAGCACGAGACGUUGGAUGCAGCGCUACUGCUGCAGCAAUAUAACUCACGCGAUGUGAAGAAAAGGACAACUGCUGCUGCAACGACUCGCCAAACACGCGCAGGAGGAGGAUGAGCAGCACGCGAGUCAGCCGAUUCUCCCAAAGCGUGGGGAGAUGUUCUAAUCAUUUAGCCUUUGGCUGGUGCUUUCGGUCGCUAAUGUCCACCAAAACGGCAAGCACAAGGCUCCUGCGCCGCCAUCUCAAGUGAUGGAUGGGCUUGCGCAAGGCCGUAAAUCCACACGGAGAGGCGAGCUAAGCGUGCCCUACUCGUUCUCCGCUUUGCUGGCACCUGUGCGGUGGAGAUGCGCGUACCUGGUUGGCCAUUCGGUGAGUGCGUCCGCGCGGUGGCGGCGUCACCUUCUCUUUCGCUUUCUCAACCUCUCCUUUCGCAACGUCGUCGCUGCUGGUUGCGUGCUGCUGCCAUUGCAGUGCGACGACCGUUGGAACUGGUCUGUUUGUACACUCUACGCAGCCCCGCAUUGGCGACAUUGUUUCCCGUUGGCUGGACUUCACCAUCUCGAGCGUUGCAUUGGGUUGCUGUGCAGCUGGCGCAAAGGGUCAUAGCUUGAGAGGGUGGGAGCGCAACAAUCACCUUGCCAGCAUGGCUUCCCCUCAAGUGGGCGGAGGGAGACGAUAUGUCAACUUCUCACGACCGCAACGGACGCCGAGCGUGAGCAGCGCAGCUUCCACGAUCACCAGUCAGGCCCAGAGUGUGCAAAGCGAGGCUCCUAGUGUACGCAGUCAGGCUCCGAAUGUGAUGAGCUACGCGCCAAGUGUGAGAAGUCAAGCACCGAGCGUGCAGAGCAAGACGGGGAGCACGAAGAGCAAUGUGUCAACGAUACGUGGUGUAUUUUCGCGCUUCUCCAGCGCGUCGAGCGUGCUCCGCUCGGUCACGCCAUCAGAGCAAGGCGAGGCACAACCGUACAGACCAGCGAAGGGAAAGCUAGUGCAAUAUCACGUCACGAGCGGCGAUAUCAGCACGCCGAGUGCGCAGCGACGACCUCAGGGCAAGCGCAUUCCUACCAUGGACCAACGAGCUCUCCCACCUGCGAUCCCCGAGCGAACCACUUCGUUGACCGUAGAGCCACAAAGUCCCAAAAAGGCACAAACAUUUCCGACGAUACCGAGGGAGAGAAGAUCUGGGAGUUUCACAUUCGAUACUGUCCCGAAAUUGACGAGAACACCAUGGGAAUUGGAACGAGGAAGACCAGGCUCAAGAUGGUCGCGAGGCACAGAUCGCACAUCAAACUUGCCGCGGAAGGCUUUUGGCGAACUGCCCAGAGAAAUCCUGCAAUGCAUAUUGGACAAUUUGGAAGAUGUGCAUACGCAGCAAGAAACAGUGGACGUCUUGUCACUACGCAAGGAUCUGCGCUCACUAUGUCUGGUGGACAAGAAAUGGCAAUCAGUUGCAAAAGAGCACCUGUUUCGCGAGCUCUGGCUACCAAACAGUAAAGCGGUGGUGAAGAAGCGGUUCUCUGCCUUCUCAACCAAGCAAUCGAAGAGCAAGCUGAAAGUCUUGGUGGAUGUUCUGCGGAAAACAUCCGGACUGGGGUUCCUGGUACACCAUAUUCGAGUCGGAGCCGAAUUAGCAGAGCAACUGGAUGCCGAAGCUUUUGCGCCGUUCAAGAAAGAUUCGGCUUUGGACCACUUGCAGUUGAUCAUACGGGAUUGCUACAAUCUGGAGCAAGUCAGUGGAUUCGUUUUGCCGGCUACGGAAUCAACAACGCCGGUCCUGGAAGCGCUUGCGAGCCGCAAGAGGCUCAAGUCACAUGCUUGGAGCCUAGACUCGACGCGUGCAUUGCCUGGACUGGAGCAUUUCAUCUUCUGUCAUGACGACUGGGCCAAUCUCGAGACGCUGGCCAUAGCUGCAGACCCGGGCGUCGAUCUUGGAAUAGGAACCAUGUCCGCCAUCCUUCACAGACUGCCUUCGCUGAAGCAUCUUGCUGUGUUUGGUCUUCACCGCUCAGACUUCCACAAUACCUCGCUUCUGACCCUGCCUCCAGUCAAGUCUUUGCGCCUUGAGUGCUUGUCUGGCGUGACAGACGAAGGCAUCGAGCAACUCUCGUUCUCUCGCCUCGCACUUUCACUAGAACGUCUGACUCUCGUCGGGCUCGAGAUUGUCUCCUUACAGACUAUUCAGACCCUACUCUCUCACCUCACCAGACUCAGACGAUUCGCCAUCCUCCAAGAGAGCUCUCCCGAACCUCCGAUGGGCAUCUUUACCCCCACUCGCUCCAUGGCACUUUCUUCUCCCAGCCUCCGGCACCUCCAUUGGGAUUGUCUCGUUCCCGGCACAUCACUCUCUUGGCUGGCUGAGUCCAUUACAGAAAACAAAUUUCCUCGCCUCACUUCGAUCAAAGUCCCAUGCGACUACGAUGGCCUGCUCCAAGGCCUCUGCCGGCCUAUCUAUCGCGAGAGACUGUCCACUGAAGACCUCGAAUACCUUUCCGAGCACACUGCCGCUGGCCGCUACGAGCGAAAUCUGCGCGUCAGUCGUAUCCAGGCGCAAGUUCGAGUGAGGGAAAGUGGUGCACAGCCUUCCUUCAAUGUCGUUGUGCAAGACGAGAAUGAACUGAAGGCUACACAUACCAUUGGGAGCUAUCUUGGUAACAUGGGUUCCAAGAUCGAGUAUCGCUUGGACCCUGAAGUAGGCCCGAAUGCUUUGGCGGAGUUUGAUGAUGUUGCGCAACCAGUGCAGAUGGGGAUCAAUGGCAAGAGGGUGGAGAGAAGAUUGGAAGCAAGUAUGCUGUUCUAAUUGAUUUACUGGACGCAAUGCGCAGGACUACAUGUUGGUCACAGAUGCAUGAUCACGACUCAGGAACCAUUUGUACAUCUUGUAAUUUAUCUGCGAUUUUUAGCUUAGAG